CUCUGCUAAAGCUCUUUACUUUGCGCAUGUACAGCUAAACUGAACAUUUCAUCGGCUCCAAGAUGGCGUUAACACCACUGGCUUGCGUUCUCCUCCUCCUGUCCAUGCAAUGCACCUUGGCAGUAAUCCUGAAGUCGGCAAACACCAAACCGUGGGUCAAUGAGUUUGAUUCGGUCGAGCUGUCUUGCAUGAUAGAGUCCAUCUCCACCACCCAUCCCAGAAUAGAAUGGAAGAAGAUAAAGAACGGAGAGCCCAGCUAUGUGUUUUUUAAUAAUGAAAUAGCAGGUGACUUGGAGAGGAGAGCGAAAAUUCGAGAACCUGCAACUUUAUUCAUUACGAAUGCAACAAGAUUGGACUCUGCAGAUUAUCGCUGUGAAGUGUCUGCCCCCAAUGACCAAAAAUCUUUUGAUGAGAUUCUGAUAUCUCUCGUCGUAAGAGUAAAGCCCGUAGUGCCCAGAUGCUCCGUACCCAAGUCAGUCCCAGUUGGCAAAUCAGCAGAGCUGCACUGUGUGGAGGAUGAUGGUUUCCCCAAAUCUCGAUACCAGUGGUUCCGUAACAAGGAGGAAAUCCCAGAAGACCCCAAGAGCAGCCCGAAGUUCUUCAACUCCACUUAUACCCUAAACGGAGAGAUGGGGACGCUGAAAUUCAGUGUCGUCAGAAAGGAGGACGCUGGGGAGUAUUAUUGCAGAGCCAGGAAUGAGGCUGGAUUCUCAGAAUGCGCACCACAGAUGAUGGAAGUUUAUGACAUGAACAUUGCUGGAAUCAUCUUGGGUGUGCUGGUUGUGGUGGUGGUAUUGUUGUGUAUAACAGUUGGCAUCUGCUGUGCCUAUAAACGAGGCUAUUUCACCAGCCAGAAGCAGACGGGAAACAAUUACAAAGCUCCAGCAAAAGGUGACGGAGUGGACUAUGUAAGAACAGAAGAUGAGGGGGAUUUCCGGCACAAAUCCUCAUUUGUCAUUUGAGAGAGAGGCAAAGUCUCAAAAGACAUUCAAAAUUACAUUGAAAGUUAUUGGCGAUUUACCUCGCAGACACAAAUCCCCACACACAAAGGACAUGAAGGCUGGAGCUAGAGCAGCACGUGCCUUUAACAGGGCACAUCGGCAAUGACAUCAAUCAUAUUUGCCAAAGGUGACAAAUAAUCACAAAUUUCCAGUCACUGUUUAACAGACACUAGAUGUUUCUUGUUUUUAUCCUGCUUUUACAGCCCCUUUUUAUGACUGUUUUAAAUUAUUUCCCUUGCUAGUUGUAGCAGCUCGUUAGUUGUAACAAUUUGGUAGAACCCAGUAUUACUUUUCUGUUGUUUCUAAAACAUUUGUUUUGUACUAGCUAAACUAUUUUUGAUGGAAUAUAUUUUAAAAUGCCUAUAGAAAAAUGAUUUACUUUUUUAAAUGUUUGUAAAAUACUAACCUACUUUUUUUAGACUACUUUGCUUGUGAGAAAAAUGAAUAACCAUUUCUAUCCCUGCAUCCUCAGUUUUAGUCAUUUAUCACCCCAAAAUAACGCAAAAGACAAAUCGACAUGUAGAUGUUUUGUUUUCAGAUUUCAAAUCCUAUCAAAAGCAUAUCCAGCUACACCAAUUUCAAUCAAAGGUCUUAUGUAUUUACUAUACUGCUGGGAUUUUAAUGUUAAUAGUAAAACGACGUUCCAUGUUGAUGUGUGUAGAUAGUCUUAGACUGCGAGUAUCUUUGGAUAAACACCGGCAAAAAGCUGGAGAAUAUUAUGAAAGACCAGUGCUACGUAUCAUUGAUUUUAAGUGUCCUUCUAUGCUAACUGUUUAUCUUGUAUAUAGUGAAUAUACUGUUUAGGUUGUUUAUUUUUUUAUUUUCACUCUUUGUCUUUUUCUUAUUUGAGUGAGAAACACUCCAUGUUACUUUUUAUUAUAACAGGGUUUAUUUGUGGGGUUGUAUAUAGAUCCACUGUGAGCUACACUGUGCUUAGAAAGCUAUCAGUUUAACCAAACAUUGACAAUUAUUCUCAAUGAGGCAAAUAUGAAGCUCUUUCCAUGAAAAACAAUUAAGACAAAUCCGGCCAUGGUACAGAGGGGAUCUGCCUUAUUAAAUACAUUUGAUAGCCUAAACCUACAUCAUAUUUUGACUCGCAAAAACUUUUCCUUUCAUAGCAGUGAUGAUGAAUUUUCAUGCACAAAUUCAACAUGUAGAUGGUGUUAAGAGUACAAUCAUAACUAAACUCACCUAAUGUUUUAUUAUAUGAGACCAUGCAAGACCUACCAUGUGUUCAUGUAACUUUUGUAAAGAACCAUAAAUCAUUCCUCUUAAGUGCCUUCCUCUUUCACAAUAGCCAUGUGAAAUCUAUUAAACUGCAGUAUAAUUGUCAGAUUACCAUGUCCAAGAAAUACAGUACGAUAACCACACCAGCUGUUAAAAAACGAUUUCCGUCUUUUAACCAUGUGGUUACUUACUGUUAAAGGGGUCAUAUGGUGCGAACACGUGUUGUAUUAGACACGUAAAAUUGCAAAAAUUAAAGUGUCGGGAACAAAAGAUGCAUUCUAUCUAAAAGUGAAUGCUCACCCAGACCUGCCUGAAACGCCUUGUGUAACCACACCCCCACAAAUCCACGUCAGUUCAUGGUAUGAGUUGACUAAGACCGCCCAAAUGUAUACGCAAGUCAGUACUGUCAGUACAAUUGCUUUGGAACCUGAUGUUCCAAAUAUGGUAAGAAGCGUUACAUUUACGUCACACGCUUGCUGUAUUCGACCAAUCACUACGCACUGGUUAACUGGCCAAUCAUAGCACACCUCGCUUUUCAGAGCGAUGAGCUUUGUUAAAAAUCAGCGUGUUUCAGAGAGGCGGGGCAAAGAGGCGAUACAAACAAGCACGGUAUGUGGGAAAUACAGCGCUUUUGAACCUUAAAUCGUGUAUACACAUUGCAUUACAUCUAAAACAAACGAUAAUAUUCGUUUUAGCCGUGUCAUAUGUCCCCUUUAACACUACAGCGCCAAAAUGCCGGUAAAACUCUGUGAUCUCAUUAACAGGAAAUUCUUUCUUUUGUAAAUACAACAGGGUUACCCUGGGCUAACCUCACCUGUGCUCUAUUUUACAGCUUUGUUCACACAUAGCAUCGAUACAAGACUUCAGUAUUAUUUAACAAGUGGUCCCAUUCACACAUGGCUUCUAAACGCAUGACACAAAUGCAGUUUUCAGUGAUUAAUGCUGUAGCUGUUAAUGGAAAUUAACUGAAUUUAAAUGGAAUUGAUUUUUGAAUUCACAUUCAUCACUCUCAAACCACAUCAAUAUUCAGAAAAGGUGUUUGAGAGGAAUGAUAACAUUCUGUGCUCAAGAUAAUACGUUUUACACGCAUAUCUCAUGUAAAAUAAUGGUUUUUAUUUGUAAAUAGACAUAUUGUUGUCAUUUGAGUAGAUAUUCCAUUAUGUAUUAGUGCCUAAAUGUAGAGUAAAAGAGGGACAGCGGACUAGUGUUUAAUAGGUCAAUUUUUCUUAUUUUACUAGCUAAAUAAUACCUAUAAUUCUAAUAAUACCUUCAAUUAAUAACUUAAAAAGCGAGGUAGUACAUAACAAGUCCUAGAUCUCAACAUGUCACUGGUGUACUGUGAGGGGAACAAAAAAUGAAUUGUUUUGUGGGUUUACAAAAGGCAGGGAGAGCUGUACCAAAUACUGACUGCCAAAAGACUAUUUUCUCCAUUUCCACUAUGAUUCUGCUCCCAGUUCUUUUUUAUUUUGUUUGUUACUCCAGAGUAAGAUUUUCUGAGGCUGAGUUCAGAUGUUUUUCACUCAAUAUAGUUUCUUUGCAGUUUGUGGUUGUUUUUGGAGACAGCUGGAAUUUUAGAUAAACAUAUUACACUCACUGAAUUCAUGUUAAGUCCCAUUGCUUUGGGACCGGUACAAAUCCUGUGUGAAUUCUUGAACAGUAUGUUUGUGAUUAAUAAAACUCACUUU